GACUGGAACCGGAAGUGCCAUUGUUGUUAGUAAAGCCGAGGCUAUCGGAGCUAACAGGAGCUAACAGCGCACAGAGGCUAACUGUGUCGUCAUGACAGAGUGAACAGAUGGCUGCUGACGUCACUGUGAGCAGCGUGGAGCGGCGGCGUCCAGCUGAAGAAGAUGUCUGUCCUCUGCAGUCUAAAUGUUUGAGGACGCACAGAGAGACCUUCGGACUGGACAGGAAGUCACAGACAGCGUCCACACCUGUCACAGGAAGUUCCCCUGAGGACAGACGGGAAGAGGAAGAGUCAGGUGGUGGCAUUAUGAAGGUGGUUACCAUGGAGACCAGCGAGUCCAGUGACGAUGAACUGGGACGACUGGACAUCGACCUGGACAGGAAGUCCAAACAGCACAACCUGACGUCACGCAACGUGCGCACCAUCCUGCACGAGGUGAUUACCCAUGAGCACGUGGUGGCCAUGAUGAAAGCUGCCAUCAGAGACACUCAGGACCUUCCCAUGUUUGAACCAAAGAUGACUCGGUCCAGACUGAAACAGGCUGUCCAGCAAGGACAGCCACUGAGUCUGGUAGCAGUGAACACAGCCACAGUCAAGCCCCCUCAGUUUGUUGACAUUGAUCUUGAGGAGGAUGAAGACUCAUCAGAUGAAGAGUACUGUCCUAAUGAGGAUGAGGAGGAGGAAGACACAGCUGAAGAGACUUUCCUCAGUGAUGCUGACAGCUUGGCUUCACCUCCCAGAAUGCAUCAGGGCUCUCAACCUAAACUUUUGGCUGAUGAACCCUUACAGAGAUCUGCAGGACACCUGGGGGAACAGGUGAUGUCCUCCCCCUGCGCUCCUCAACACCUUCUCACUGCUCCUGAGUCUUCAUUCCUUGAGAGACUGAACGCUGUUGAAGAGGAGUUGGACUGCAGCCCAACCUACACCUAUAACCAGUCUCUGGACAGAAAGCCUAAUGAUGGUGAUGAUGAUGGCGGCGGUGAUGAUGAAGGCUGUUUGGCGUACCGCACACGCUCCAAACUUCGUCUGGUAAAUGUUCCUCUGGGUCAGCUGGAAGCGGAGCUUCUGCCCCCUGACAUUACAGCUGACAUGUACGAGCAGAGCGCUGCCAGGCGAGAGGAGGACCGUCAUUGGACAAAGUGGCUGCAGGGUCUCAUGGCCCCCGACAAUGAAGAGGAAGCUGAUGAUGACGACGAUCCAGAGUACAACUUUCUGGAUGACCUAGAUGAACCAGACCUGGAGGACUACAGGACGGACCGGGCCGUCCAGAUUACCAAGAAGGAAGUAAACGAGCUGCUGGAUGAACUCUUUGAUACACUCCAGGAGGAGGACCAGGAGGAGGAGCUGGACCAGGAGCAGGACGAGGAAGUCCCAUCCCAGACUGGACCCAAGUUCAAUGUCCCCCAGGCUUUACGUUUUGAGGCACCAUUAGCCAGCAUGUUGACAGAGCGGCGGCAAACAGUCAGAAAACAGUAUGAAGCUCUGCAACAGAGAAGAGCCCUGCAGGACACGACCAAUCAGCAGCGAGACAACAUAAACCUGAAGGAUACUCCCAGCCCACAACACAACACGACCUCUCCUGUCUUAGUGUUGCCGAGCCGGGUCUGCCCCGCCCUCCAUCUGAACUACAGUCAGAAAUUGCAGCUACAGCAGCAGAUACAGCAGCAUGUGCAGCUGCUGACUCAGGUUCACCUGUUGCUUCGCCGUGUGGAUACCUUGAACCAUGAAGCCUCCAUCACUAAACACUACCUGGAGGAGCUGCAGCAGUUCGCCAGGCGCCAGGAGGAGGUUUUUCUGCCCAGCAGUUUCAGAGUGUGUAACCUGCAGGGGGCACUGGAUCUCCUGCAGGAGGUGGAGCAGAGAGCAGACAUUCCUUCUGCUGCUCCUGCUCCUCCCGCUGCCUCCAAACGCUGGCUCCCCAGGAUGACUCCUGCUACUAACAGCCACGCCUUCCCUCUGCUGCCCGCUGACACUGCCUGGCUGUUUGCCACCCGACCCGUCUUCCUUUACCCAGAACUACUUCCUAUCUGCAGCCUGGACCACAGAAGACAUCACCGGAGUGUUUACACCGCAGGAGAGGACACAUUGAUCAUUCUGGGUCUGAAGCACUUUGAGGGGACGGUCCAGUCGGAUCAGCUGAUCAGCUCCUACCUGCUCUGUAAGACUCGGUGGAAUCUCAGGAAACACAUCAGAGAGAUGAGCGGGCCGAGAGCGCCACGCGGCAAUGUCAUCAAGAUGUUUCUGACACAACGAGUCGUCCCGCCACUGCUGCUCGCCUGUAGCAGAGUUCAGUCUGGAGACCAGCGCCCCCCAGUGGACAGAAACACCUCCAACAUGCCAAACUGGCUCAAGAACAGUCAGCCGCUCAUCCAGAAGACCCGACUGAACUCCACCUGUUACCCCCCCUACCUCCCCUCAGGAUGCAACCUUAAGCUCCACCCCCACUGGAUCAAGUCCCGCUCCCGCCCGCCCUCCCACAAACGCAUCUUCACUUUGGCCCACAAUGCAUCUCUUCUGCCACUUGCCAAAGCCCCAACAGAGAGACAGGUGGAUCGACAGGUGGACUUAAUGGUAGACAGGCAGACAGCGAGACGAGCACACAGACAGGCAGAGAGACAGGUAGACAUGCAGCCAAUCAGCUACAUGCACCUUCCGCCUGCUGUUUCAGGAACCCUGACUCUGCCUCCCACCUGUCAGGCCAUCCCAUUGGCUGCUCUUCAUACAGUCCCCACUCACCCUGUGUGCGCUGACGGUGGCCCCGCCCCCAUCCUCCUUCCCCUCACUGCACCGCCAAACUCUGACACUACAAAUCCCAUAAUGCCUUGCUCAGCUGCCACUGUGAAGCCAGGGUAUUUCCUCCUCCAGAUGAUGUGGACGCCACCGGCUCCAUGCACGGCUCCGCCCACUGUCACUUCUCAACAUGCUGCAGGGCAACAGAUCCACAGACCAAUCGGAGAAGAGCAGGAAGAGAUGGAUCAGAUGUCCACAAGGCCACACCCUCCACUGGAGGAGGAGGACAGACAGGGGGACAGACAGGAGGACAGACAGGAGGAGGAGGGUUCAGCUUCACUAUCAACACUGAGUCCUCUGUCCUGUCCAGGAGAGAAGGAGAAGAACUGGACUCUUGUGGGAGUGGUCAGUUUGAAUGGAGGAGAAAAAACUGAUGGAGAGGAGGAGGGCAGAGAGGAAGGAGGUGCAGAAGAAGGUGGAGGGGAGGAGGAGGGAGGCAGUGGAGAGGAGGAGCAGGGCAGGGAGGGACAUGGUGGAGAGGAGGAAACAGAGAGGGAGGAGGAUGGAGAGAAGGAUAAGGAUGAAGAUCAAGACCGACAGGGGGAGGAGGAGGAGGAGGAGGAUUUUGAUGACCUCACACAGGAUGAAGACGAGGAGGAAGUGAUGUCAUCAGCAUCAGAGGAGUCGGUGCUGUCUGUUCCAGAGCUACAGGAAACCAUGAAGCAGCUGACAUGGCUGGCGGCAGAACGGCGGCUCUGUGCGGAUGGAGACUCGGAGGAGGAACACUCACCGACCUCUCAGGAAGAGGAGGAGGAGGAAGAGGAGGGGCCUAAAGGGGAGGAAUCCGGAGAGGGGAGGAGCAGUAAGGAAGGGAGAGACGAGGAGAUGCCUUUAGGAGAGGGGACGCCCAGAGGAGGAGGGAGGUGUCCUGGACGAGGACGAGGUCGAAGCCGACCUCUUCGCGGUCUGAGGAGGAGUCGUCAGGAGCGUCACAGUAAAGACUCCUCUAAGCUGCUCCUGUUGUACGAUGAGAACAUUCUGGACAACGACCCGCACAGAGAGAGCAAAGACGUGGCGUUUGCCCAGAGUUACCUGAACAGGGUUCGUGAAGCACUGCAGGACUUACCUGGACAGGUGGAGGAGUUUGUGUCUCUGCUGAAUGAGUUUGAGCAGGUGGGAGACGGACAGGAAGUGAUGCUGUUGUUCAGGAAGUUGCGUGGCAUCCUUGGAGACCGGACAGACCUGCUUCGAGACUUUGCCGCAUUCCUGCACCCUGAGCAGGCUCUGCAGUGUGGACUGUUCGAGGAGCAACAGGCGUUUGAACGCAGCCGGCGCUUCCUGCGACAGUUGGAGAUCAGCUUUGGAGAUAAUCCAUCACAUUAUCAGAAGAUCAUCAAGGCUCUGCAGACCGGUCCGGACCUGAGUCCAACCAGCAUCCACGAGCUCAAAGCUCAGAUGGCGUCGCUGCUAAAAGGACACACACAUCUACAAGCUGAAUUCUGGGUGUUUUUUGAAGAGCUCCGCCCACCCCCAGCACGCCCAGGACAGUUUGAAGAAGCUCAUUGGCCGGAGGAUGGAGGGGGCGGAUCAGACGGUGGAGAGGGUGUCGGCCAGCUGUGCGGAGGUGGAGCCACCAGUGGCUUCGAGGAAGUGACACUGCCAGAGCUGGAGGAGGAAGAGGAGGGGCACAAAAUCCAACCAAUCACCAGUCGGCGUCAGAGGAGGAAGAUGGACGCUCACAGAACCUACAAGGUCUGUGAUUGGUCAGAUAAGGACUGGUCCUGUCUCUGUCAUGACGCAAAGAUCCGCAGACACCGGAGGAAAGGAUGCUCUCGCUGCCAUGGCAACAAGACCUCAGGGGGCGUGUCCCGAGCCAUGAAAAGUCUGGACCCUCUCUACUCUCAGAUAAGCUCCACCCACGAUGAAUCAGGUGAUAAAGACCUGGACCUGAAGGGGGACGACGACAGUCCACAACCAGAUCAAAGCAGUGCGUCAUGGGAAGGCUCGUUCCCUCUGACUAAUGACAAAGAGGAGGAGGAGGAGCUGGAGGAGGACGAGGAAGAGGACGACGAUGAAGAGGAGAAAAAGAACAGAGAGAAGGAGCAGAGCCUGGAGCUAAAGAGGAGCAGAAGAGAGGAGGCUCAGAGACCCUCUACCACCUCCUCCAUGACUUUCUCUACCACCUCCUCAAACCCCAUCACCUCCUCCAUGGUCUUCUCUGUCACGUCCUCCAUUUCUCCUGUCACUGACUCCAUUUUCACUUCUACAUCCGUUACCUCCUCUGUCUCCUCUAUCUCUUUAUCUGUCUGCACUUCCACGUCCCCCACCUCCUCUGCUCCUCCUCGGCCCAGUCCUCCCCCUGACCUCCCAGUCUGUGCUAAGAACAUUUCUCUGACAGCGAGCGGAGAGAAAGUCAUCCUGUGGACCAGAGAAGCUGAUCGAGUCAUUUUGACGACGUGUCAGCAGGAGGGAGCCAAUCAGAACACAUUCCAAGCUAUCUCUACUCUGCUUGGCAACAAGACUCCCAGUGAGGUGUCUCACCGGUUUAGAGAUUUGAUGCGUUUGUUCCGGACGGCGGCUCGUCAGACCAGCUCUGAGGACGAGGCUCUGCCCAUUGAGGCGACAGCAGCCAAUCAGGUAGAAGACUGAUAUUAAUCAAUCAGAUGCUGCAGAUUGACGCUCACCAGAGUAAAAGUUUACCAGGACUUUUAUUGUGAAAGGGUUCAUUUAAUGACACAGAUGUGUUUACUGUACAUACAAAAUCUGUAAAUAUGAAAAUGUCUAGAUUAUUUAAUGUUUUUUAUUUACAAUAAAACACAUUUUUCAUCAAAGUCUGUCUGCAAA